AUGAUUAUCCGCCAACUGAAUUUCAAAACCCUCCAACGAAUACCCAAGCAACGGUAUGCUAGCAGCUCUUACUUCCAUUCAUUCAGACAUGAGCACCAACCGUUCGACCAAAAUCCCCAACCAAAUGCAGCCUCAACUAACCGCUCUAUGCUCAACUACUUGCACAGAAACCUUCCACUUAGAGCCCUUGACAUGUUCUGUAAGCAAUUUCAACUACAUUUGUCUCAUAACAUCGAUGAAGUUACCGUUACCCUUGCUGUCAAGGCCUGUCAAGGGGACCCUAAACCUGGAUGCCAAAUUCACGGGUUUGCAGUUUCUUCUGGAUUUGCUUCGUAUACUACGGUUUCAAAUUCUUUGAUGAGUAUGUACACUAAAGCUGGCCAGCUUGAUGGUGCCUUACUUAUCUUUGAGACUAUGUGUUAUACUGAUAUAGUUUCUUGGAAUACUAUUCUUUCGGGAUUUCGAACAAGUGAGGGUGCAUUGAAUUUUGCUCUUAGGAUGAAUUUUAAUGGAGUUGUUUUUGAUCCAGUGACUUAUACUACGGUUCUUGCUUUUUGUGCGGAUCAUGAAGAUUUUCUAUUUGGAUUACAACUGCAUUCUCUUAUAUUUAGGUCUGGUUUAGAUGGUGAAGUUUUUGUUGGAAAUGCACUUAUAAGUAUGUAUUCGAGGUGGAGAUGGUUAAUAGAAGCUAGGAGUGUGUUUGAUGAAAUGGCGAAUAAGGAUCUGGUUUCAUGGAAUGCAAUACUAUCAGGUUACUCUCAAGAGGGAAAUCAUGGGCUUGAAGCGAUUUUUGUCUUUAUUGAGAUGGUGAGAGAAGGGGUGGGGUUAGAUCACGUCUCAUUUACUAGUGCAGUAUCAGCUUGCGGUCAUGAAAUGAAUUUAGAACUUGGGAAACAGAUACAUGGCUUGACAAUUAAAUCAGGAUAUGGAACUCAUGUUUCAGUUUGUAAUGUAUUGAUCUCGACAUAUUCAAAGUGUGAGGUUACUGAAGAUGCAAAAUUAGUCUUUCAUUGCAUGAAUGAUCGCAACGUAGUGUCUUGGACGACUAUGAUUUCUAUAGACGAAGAAGAUGGCAUCUCUCUAUUUAAUGAGAUGAGAUUGGAUGGAGUAUAUCCAAAUGAUGUUACAUUUGUUGGACUAAUCCAUGCUAUAUCAAUUAGGAAGUUGGUGGAGGAAGGCGAAAUGAUUCAUGGGUUUUGCAUAAAGACUGGCUUUUUAUCAAAGCAUAAUGUUUGCAACAGCUUUAUUACCAUGUAUGCUAAGUUCGAGUCCAUGCAUGACUCCAUCAAAGUUUUUGAGGAGUUAAACAGCAGAGAAAUCAUAUCGUGGAAUGCUUUGAUUUCAGGGUUUGCUCAGAACAGGUUGUGUCAAGAUGCACUAAAAUCAUUCUUGGUAGCAACUAUGGAGUCGAAGCCAAACAAUUACACAUUUGGUAGUGUCUUGAGUGCAAUUGGUGAUGCUCAGGAUAUUUCUCUGAAAUUUGGCCAACGAUGCCACUCUUCCUUGAUCAAACUUGGAUUAGUGACUGACCCAAUUAUUGCAGGUGCUCUUCUUGAUAUGUAUGCAAAGCGAGGAAGCAUUUGUGAGUCCAAAAGAGUUUUCAGUGAGACGCCUCAUAAAAGUCAGUUUGCUUGGACUGCAUUAAUAUCUGCGUAUGCUGGCCAUGGAGACUAUGACUCAGUGAUAGAAUUGUUCAAGGAGAUGGAGAAAGAAGGGGUAAGACCUGAUUCAGUCACAUUUCUUUCUAUACUAACAGCAUGCAGCAGAAAGGGAAUGGUGGAGAUGGGCCGUCACAUCUUUCACUCAAUGGUGAAAGACUAUCAUAUUGAACCAUCUCCUCAACAUUAUUCAAGUAUGGUGGACAUGUUGGGACGGGCAGGGAAAUUGGAGGAAGCAGAGGAAUUGAUGACUCAGAUCCCAGGACAGCCAGGGUUUUCGUUGUUGCAAAGCCUGCUUGGGGCUUGCAGGAUCCAUGGGAAUGUGGAGAUGGCGGAGAGAGUAGCCGAUACAUUGAUGAGAUUGGAACCAAUGGAAUCAGGUUCUUUUGUGUUGAUGUCCAACUUGUAUGCUGAGAAAGGGGACUGGGAAAUGGUAGCAACAGUUAGGAAAGGGAUGAGAGAUAAAGGAGUGAGAAAGGAAGUGGGAUAUAGUUGGGUGGAUACUGGUGAUGCUGAUGGUUCCUUGUAUCUGCAUGGGUUUUCAUCUGGUGAUACAUCCCACCCACAGUCUGGGCAGAUAUGUAGAAUGGCAAAAUGUCUAGGAUUAGAUAUGAAAAUUUUGAGAGAGAACAUGUGGGAGACAAAAUCACUGAAAAUGGACUCCUUCUCAAGGCCCUCACUUUGA